UGUGAUGCUGAUUAUAUCGUUUUGUCUGCUAGCGCUCGGUUCGGAGGUACUGCUCAUGACUCAUAUGUAUGGCGUCGCUCUCGAGCUUGCAGAGCUCUGGAGGAGCUUUUUGAGGCGGGUGAGCGCGAUUUUUGGCUUCUGGGUGAUAGUGGCUAUCCACUACAGCCUUGGCUGAUGACACCAAUUAGUGCGACAUCAUGUACCGCAGAAGAGCGCUACAAUAUAGCACACAAGUCAACUCGAGCUCUUGUAGAAAGAUGCAUUGGCUUACUAAAAAGCAGAUUUCGCUGUCUGUCGAAGGAAAGAGCCCUUUUCUACAGUCCACCAAAAGCAGGCCUCAUAAUCAACGCUUGCCUGGUUUUACACAACUACUUGAUUCGGGCUAGAGUGCCGUUCGAUGAAAUUUAUUUGGAAGACUCUGAUGCACCUGAAGAAUGUGGUGGCCCUUCUUCAGCUAUUUCAACACAGAAUAUAUUAUCCAUUGCGAAAAGACAACGAUUGCAAAUUGUUCAAAAUGCUUUUACUAAUAACAUUCAAAAUUAGAUUGAAAAUAAUUCAACUUUUUAUUUUACAUUCGUAUUUUUACUUAUUUACAUAUAUU